GUAUGUGCGCGGGAUACAUGUGCACGAAAAACACGUGCGUGAUGGAAAAGGCAGCCAUUAUCUCCCGAUCUUCCAAAGACCAAAGAACAGGGCUAUGAAGAAGCGUAAGAAAAAUGCAGAGAAAGACCACCAAUAUUCCACAAAUAUCCAUCAAAAUUUAAGAAACGUAGAGAAAGAAGAACAUAAUUUGACAAACAUGGAAAAAGAUCACCAACAUUCCAGAAGCAUAGAGAAAGAUGAACAAAAUAUGUCAGCCCAUAAGAAAAGCACAGAAAAAGACUAUCAACAAUCCACAAAUAUCGAUCAAUAUUUAAGUAAUUUGACAAAUAUGGAAAAAGAUUACCAACGUUCCAGGAGCGUAGAGAAAGACAAACAAAAUAUGGCAGCCAAUAAGAAAGAAGAUAUUGGAUCCGAAAUGGUUAAAGGAAUAGAAUUAAAUCACAUUGAAAAUGUAGAACUAGAAUUGUCUCUCACAAGAGCCGAGGUGAAAGCAAUGGCUGAUCAAAAUACGGCUUUAAAAGCACAGCUUGAAAAAUUGCGGCGGGAAUUAACAUCACCAGCAAGAGCUAUGGCACCAUCACAAUCAACAUCGUCUCUCACAAGAGCAGAGAUAAAAGCAAUGACUGAUAAAAAUACGAUUUUAAAAGCACAAACAACACAACAAUUAACAUCACCAGCAAGAGCUACGGUACCAUCACAGUCAACAGCGGAACUUACGAUAGAAGCGAUAUCAUCUCGACCAAAAAUUAUACAACAACCACGCAGAUGGGCCAGAGCAGAAUGCGGAGGCCGUGAAGGUCAUGGAAAUUGUGGAGGCCGUGGUGGCCGUGGAGGACUCAAUCAUAUUCGUCAAAAUAUUUUUAAUAUAUAUUAAUAUAUCUUUGUUUAAGAUUAGAUUUUUUAUAACAAAAUUGUGAUGUUACUUAUAAAGAUAUGAAAAUAUGAUGUUACAUAUAUGAAAAGAUGUA